AUGGAUUGGGAUCCAUCCUUCUGGGUCUGUAAGGCAACACAAUUGGUGCCUCAGGCAGAAGCGCCAAGGGUUGAUCAUGCGGGGUCGCAGGUUGUGGAAUGUGUGGAGAUUGUGGCUGAUUCUGGGGAACCUGAACUGGUGCAGGGACUUCUGGCCGAACUGAACCAUCCUGCUUCUAGACGGGAAGGGCUCCUCCCCUCUGUCCAACUUGGAUCUCUCCAUGCCCUGAAAUUCCAGCUAUCUGUGUGA